UCCCUCGAACAAUACUUGUAUUGUUUAUGUAUAAAAUUAAAAACAAAUCAAAGAAUGUUAAACCGUACAAAUAUUGUUUGUGUAUCCUAAAUCCUAAUUGAGUGUUUUCGAAACCAGCAUUUAGCCCAAUUCCCCAAUUCAUCAAUUAAGAGAUCCCAGUAAGCGGCCCAAAAGCAGAGCGUAAAUUUAAGCCCAUCCAAUAAUUUUUUUCUCUUCUCCUUUUCUUCCUCGACUAAACUGUCCCUUCAUCAUCAUUCAUCACCCUUCUCCCCAUCUUUCCACCUCAGCCAUCACCGCCACCGCCACCGCCACCACCACUACCUCUUCCUCCACCCCCAUCAAUCCAUCCAAAUCCCGAGAACAAAACCCUAAUACCCAAUUUCCACGAUUCCUAUCCUUACCAUAUGCGUUAUCCAUAAUUCUCCCUCCCCCAUCCUCCCACCAUAGUCCGACCCUAAACUCAAUCAGGCGCCCUGACGGAGAUUUAAGGAGAGAGAGAGGGAGGAGAGGAGAAACGGGUUUUCGUCAUUUCUGUCUUUUGUUUGCGUUCUCCGCCGUUUUGGGUCGCUGGAAGAGCCGGGGGAAGAAAUGACGAGCGUGGGUGAAGUUGUACAGUGUAUUCCUCUUGAAGCACCGCUUGCAGUCUCGGAUUCACAGCCGAUCGAUGCCGAUUCCAAAAGCUAUCGGCCUAACGAGUCGGUCACCGCCUCCAACCCUUCCUUCGUCGAUGGCGUCGCCACCAAGGACAUUCAUAUCGAUCCCAUUACUUCCCUCUCCAUCCGGAUCUUCCUCUCGGAGUUCGCCCUCAACCCUCCCGACCCAGAUUCGAAGCUUCAUUCCAAAGGCAAGCCCACUAACAGCAACAAGCCCGGUGCACCUCGACGAUCCGAUAUCGACCAGCACGGCAACAACAUAAAUGUCAUGAAUGGGAGGAGCAGCUGACAAUGCUGGUCAUUUGCUUGGAGCUUUGUGGUUCUAGGUAAUUAGUUUGUGGAAUUUGCAGUUCCUGGGCUCUGAAUCGUAGUCUGCAAGUUAUUAGAUGGUAGUACUUUACUACUUUAUGUACAAUGCCGGAUACUAGGCUUAGGAAGCUUAUGUCAUAUGGCAUUUGAUUGUUAAGCUCAACUUCCUGGGAGUUUUGGAACUUCUUACGUCUGUCCUAGGUUUUCCUCCUAUAUUUAGCUGCAGUAAUGGCCUAAUGGGGAACAGAAGUCUUUUGCUGAAAGAAGCCUAUCCUCCUGUUUGUGAUGAGUGGCUAGAGACUGAUGCGGGAUAAUCUAUAAUUGGUUAUAUCUUACUGGCUAAUGAACAAGUUUAUUGUAAAUAUUCUAGAAAAAUGUGGUCAUUGAAGUGUUAUACGUUAUUCAUGUUGCUUUGAGUUUUGACUCUUGUAGGUAACCAUCUCCCUACAAGGGCUAGAAGCUACUCUUGUCAAAUCUAUCCUGCAUAUACGUGUUGCUUUGGAUUCGUAGGUUACCAUUUCCCCACAAUGAAUCAAAGCUACUCUUGAAAAAUCUAGCUGUCUUUUUACCUGUGCCAGUGAAUGAUGUAUAUUUACUAAGCUAUUUCAAGAUUUGAGGAACAGACUCAGGAAUAUGAAUUCCAUAGAAUUCAAACGUUUCUAGAGUCUUCAGGAUCUGUUUCAGCGGGUUCUUCCUGUUUAGGCUUGUUAAUUUCAUGGUUCAGGCAACAAAAGUUAGCCUUUGACCACUUUUAAGGGAAAUGUGAGAAAAUGAUUAAAAAAUUAAUUGUCUACUUGUCUGUUCAUGAUGGUGCUUUCAUUUGUUCAGGAAGCAUUUCAUGAUAUGUGGCUGCCCAAUUUAUGUUCACAAUGAUAUAAUGAAUUUUGGUUACUUUGUUUGUUUCAGUUUUUCUAUAGAACUAGAUAUGCAUGUCAUUUGUGCAUAUAAGUGAAUGAGCAACCCUAUAUGUGAAACUUCUGCUGAAUAAUUUUUGCUUCUCCACUCUAGUUUGGUUAGCAGGUCAUCCAAUAGGGGGAGCAGCCCAUCCUUAAGAAACAAUGGUCUUUAUGUUUAUUUGACUCGCCUUUGAGAUCUUAUCGGUCUUUAUUCCAAGUUAUCUCACAAUCUCUCUUUGAUUAUUCACUCUGCCAAGCAAUUAAAGAGAGAUUGUUUGCCGCCUCUUUAUGCCUUUUCCCCUUUUUAUUUGGGUUUCACAAUCUGAUACUUUUUUCCAUCGUUUGUGAUAUUGGGUCGAUGAGUAAUUAAUGCAUUUUCUGUUUUUUGGCUUUUGUUCUAUUGAUUGCAGGCCGCUUUUGGCUCUUCAGAUCGUACCCAGAUUUGUUUCCGUCUGAUCCUCUUGUUUCCUUCCAGAUCAUGGUAAUCAACCUUCAUACGAGGGGCCUUGCCAAGCUUCCAGGAAGUUCCAAAUUCAGAGGAGUAGAAUUUGAUCAUCAGAAAGGUGAUCUUAUGUUCGGUCAUUUUUUAUUUCACUGAUCCCCCUUAUAACCUCAAGGAAAAUGACAUCAAGAGGCAUACAUGGCAGAGCUUGUGGACUAUAUUUCCUCUGCCAAUGCAAAGUUUCCCGAGUCAUGCAAUAACUCGUCCGAAUGGUCUCUCCAAAUCUGUUUAGACCGCUACUUCUUCACCUCAUGAGAACAAAGCAUUGGAAGCAUUCAAUGUUGAACAGGAAGAGCCAUCGAUGGACCCCGCGUGAACCCACUUGCAAGUUGUGUAUGACUGUUAUUGAGGUUUGUGGCAUCACCUGAAACCUAUGCAAAACUAGCUAAACACUAAAUAACUUUUUUAUACUAAGGCUACUCGAUCUCUUUGAUUCAUAGGAACUGGGAGAGGGAGUAUUUUUUUUAUUUGCAAAGGGUCCUGCAUUGAAUCUAUGGCAAAUUGAAGGUGUCGGGUCCUUCAUUAGGAAGACGAUCAACAAUAUAUUUUACCGGUUCAUAUUUAAGACCGAGACACAUGAUGGGAUUACUGUGCUGCUGGUGAUUUUGGGGUGUAUCAUCAAUGGCUUUGCGCUGCUACUGAAGGAAGAGCACAAGUUAUUUCUAGUUCAAACUCUUGUUCUGUUGCAUAAAUUGAAGUGCUUGAUGAUGUAUCACCAGCAAUUCUCGUACUGCAUAACUCAGUUCACGGAGAAAGACUGCUAACUUGCUAAUACUUUGUGAUCAGGGGUUUGCUGAAGUAUUGGCCAGUGUCGAACAGUUUUGAAGAGGUGAUAUUCUUUAGUGAGCUGGAGGAAGUUCUGGAAGCUAUUCAGCCUGCAAAAUUUCAACGUUGCACAUGGUUCCUUGUAUGCCCAGAUUUAUUGGUGCCUGAUCAGUUCUCAUUUUCAGGUAUCUUAGUAGGUAGCCCCUUGAUAGUUGAACUGAAUUUUAUCGUUUAUAGUAACACUUGAAAUGGACAAAGUUGGUUUCUUCGUUUCACUUCCUUUCGUGAAUCAUCAACUGCUCAAGAUGGCGCAAAUACGAAUUUGGUUACAUGUAUCACAUUGGGGCGCAAAAGUAGGGGUCGAGACUACUAAAGCACCCAACCUUGUCCUGAUCAAUCCGCAUUUUCAUUUUUUUGUCAGUUUUUUUGCAGUUAUGUUGUAGGUAAGAUGGGAAACAGAAAUGUUCAUGGGGACAUAUCAGGGUGAGUUUGGUGCUUUGGUUGGCUCAAUCCCGAGUUUAGUGCCCGAUGUAAUACAUAUUGGUGAAUUCA